CACACACAGUCCGAGGGUCCGUCGUCCAGAAAUGAUCUACGCAAUUCUAGUGCUCUGCCUGCUGGCCAGUUCUGGUCCGGCGAUGGGCCAAAAGGUCGAGAAGGUCGUCAAGGUCGAAAAGGAGUCGGCUAACGAGCCAAAUACCCGUCUGGCCGGCAUCUAUGUGAAGGAUGGCAACGAGAACGGCCAGCUGAGGUUCCUGGCCUCCGGACUGACCAGCAGCAGCAGCAGCAGUUCCACCAACUCGGGACUCAAUUCGGCCCUCAAUCAGUACAUCACCAACAAGCAGGACAUGCUGGAGCAGCUGCGUCCCACUUCGGGCGCCACUGGCACGGGCAUAUCGACGGGCACUACUGCUGUAACGGGCACUGGCACUGGCACCAGUACUGCUGGAACUACUUCUGGUCUGGUCACGACAACAACCAAUGGAGCCAUCUAUGUGAAUCUGGGCAACUCGGGAUCAUCCUCGUCCUCCUCCUCCUCGUCGUCGUCCUCGAACAACGCGGCCAUCAAUCAGGUGAUCUAUGGAUCAUCCCCGGUCGCCGGUCUCCUGCCCCAGAUCGUCGGUCAGGCGGUCUCCAGUCGAGUGCGUCCCGGCCAAAACAACAACAGGAGGCGUGUCCCCGCCCGUAGGCGUCGGGUCAACAAGAGGCGUGGCAGCAUCAACAACAACAAUCAGCGUCGUCGUCGGCGGGGCAACAAGCGGGGCCGGAAUAAGAACAAGGCCCAGGUGAUGGUUGUGCGACCGAAUCGCGGCUAAAAAAAAAAUAAGGAAGGAAGGAGAGCCUUCUAUCCCCUAGCUAAGCUGAAUUAUUACUUUUUUUUUCGAAGCCAAGAUAUUUUUUUUUUUAUAUAAUUAUUACCAUUAGUAUGCGAGAAGGCAACUUAAUUUAUUUAUUUAAAUAAUUGAA